AUGUCAACAUCAGUGCCGCCACCAUCAUCACUUCCACCAAACACUCUCACAUGUCAUGAUGUCACCAUCGCACCAACAACUACCACCAUCGCCGCCGGUUCCAUUGGCCAUCAGGAGGUUAAUGAGGAAUACGCCAAGUACCUGCGUGGGGUUGUAGACAAAUUGUUCAAAAGUAUGUCAAUAGGGCUAGGACUUGAAGAACAUGAGUUAAAGGAGGCUGAAGGUGGAGAUGAAAUGAUUCACCGUUUAAAAAUCAACUAUUACCCACCUUGUCCAUGCCCUGAUAUCGUUCUAGGUGUGCCACAGCACACAGACAUGUGCUACAUGACCAUUCUUGUGCCCAACGAGGUGCAGGGUCUUCAAGUCUCUGCGGAUGGUCACUGGUACGAUGUUAAGUAUGUCCCAAAUGCCCUCGUUAUUCACAUUGGCGACCAACUGGAGAUAUUGAGCAAUGGGAAAUAUAAGGCAGUGUUGCACAGAACAACUGUGAACAAAGAAAAGACAAGAAUGUCGUGGCCAGUGUUCAUAGAGCCCCAACCACAUCACGAAGUUGGUCCUCACCCAAAGUUGGUUAACCAGGACAAUCCACCUAAAUACAAGACCGAGAAAUAUAAGGAUUAUGCUUACUGUAAGCUCAAUAAGAUCCCUCAAUAA